AUGUAGGUUAUAGAAACUUUCUAAACUUAUUACUACGGAGGUAUUUAUUCCGAUACAUACGAAGAAUUUAGUGAUGGUGGUCCCAAGUGUGCAGCUGCUCUCUCUAAUUAAUUUAGAAUUACUGUUUCAGCUAUUAGCGCAACCAUAAAUAUUUUAAUAAUAUAUUUAGCAUGGAACAAGAUAAAAAACUCUAGAGAAUUAGAUCUUAAGCUUGUUAAAAAUGUAAAACCUUCACUAUUUGAAAAGUUAAUUGGCUACCUCUGCUUUGCAACAUAUAUUGUAAUGGCAAGCUAUAAAUAUUAUACUCGUAGAGGAAUUUUUAUGCAUAACCCAUGCCAUUAUGUUCUACUAUUUUCUGGAAUUCUUUUGACCACCGAAAAAACUAAAGUCAAAGCGGUUAUUUUUAUUUCUUACAUGCGCUGGCUUUUUGGCCCCAUUACAGCUAUUAUAUUCCCUGUCACAAAUGGAAUGGUUUUAGCUUGGGAAGAAGAAUUUUUCUGGAUCGAGCACUAUUUAGCUGCUUUUGUAGGACCUUUGUGUUUAAUAGUUUGUGGUAGAUAUGGCUUUUUUAAAAUGUCAUUUUGGGAGUUACUAGUUCACUAAUAUUUUGGAUUCGCUAUCCACAUUUUAUAUAUGAGGUUUAUAAUGGUCCCUCAAAGUAUGCUUACUUGGGCAAAUUUGAACUUUACUCUUUGUCAUCCAGAAUCUGAUCCUUUGAUACCUUUAAUAGGAGAUUAUUACUUUUACUUAGCAGACCAUUAUCUUAACAUGGCAUCCUUUUUAACAGUGCUAUUUUAAAUUACAGCAUCUGGAAUAAUUAUGGCACCAGUUUAUUUAUUUAAAUCAGUUUUUAAGAAAAAACAAGACUGA